AGGCUCCAGGCGUGGAUGGCUCCAGGCCAAGCACCAUCAGAAACGGCCAUGUGGAACAAUAUCACUUUCUGCUCCAUUUGCAAACCCUCCCCUAACUCCACGCCACUGCUGCUUCCCAGAGGCCUGACUUUAGAUCGUGUGUUCCAAAGGAAGUGUAAGGGUAACAGUAAGCCUUCGACACAGCCUCUGCAAAGCGAAGGGUUGAAAAGGCCAUGCAGCGUGCUGCCCAGCCGUUUAGUAAGUAGCAAAGCAAAAUUUAGACGGUAUGCAAAAACUUACCCUGUUUUAGAUGGACGCGUCCUGUCUGUGUACCGACAUGUGUUUGAAGAAAAUUUAAGGAACAGUGAGGCUGUUGUUAAAAGAUACUCAGAAUUGCUAGAGUUGGUCAGUAAAGGAGGGGGAGAGAAUGCCAUCUUGCGUCAUACUCAGAGAAACAAGAAGCUGUUUGUUCGUGAACGCCUGAAGUUGCUUCUUGAUGAUGAGUCUUUCCUCGAACUGUCUCCUCUCGCGGGCCUCAAUAUGCCUUAUGGUGAUGUUCCUGCGGCUGGAUGCCUUACUGGAAUUGGAAAAAUCUGUGGGGUUUGGUGCGUCUUCACGGCAAAUGAUGCAACUGUGAAAGGAGGAACUAUUUAUCCAAUUGGAGUGAAGAAACAGCUAAGAGCUCAGGAAAUAGCCAUGCAGAACAGACUGCUGUCUGUGUACCUUGUUGACAGCGGGGGAGCAUUCCUACCACUACAGUCAGAACUGUUUCCUGACAAGGCACAUGGUGGCAGAGUUUUCUACAACGAAGCAAUAAUGUCUGCUAUGAAAAUCCCUCAGGUGGCAGUGGUGUGUGGCUCCUGCGUAGCUGGAGGUGCCUAUGUUCCAACCAUGGCCGAAGAAGCUGUGAUUAUAGAUAAAAUCGGCACUCUGUUCCUUGCUGGCCCACCCCUGGUAAAAGCUGCUACUGGAGAAUAUGUCUCUCCUGAGGACCUAGGAGGAGCGAAACUUCACUCUAAAGUCAGUGGCUGCAGUGACCAUUUUGCAUCUUCAGAAAAGGAAGCCUAUGAGUGUGUUCGAAAUGUUAUCUCAACGCUGAAUUACGAGCCUCUGCCGGAUGAGGUUAUAGAACAUGACGGUCCUCUGUAUAGCUCUGAUGAGCUCUUGGGGCUGGCACCGCGGGAUUAUAGGUGUACUCUUCCUGUAAAAUUGAUUCUGAGCCGUCUGCUGGAUGGAAGCAGAUUCCAGGAAUUCAAGGCUGACUAUGGAACAACGUUAGUGACAGGCUUUGGCCACGUGGAAGGGCACUUGGUGGGAGUGGUGGCUAGCAAUGGGGAGCUUACUCAUGAUGCCUCUCUCAAGGGCAGCCAUUUCGUACAGCUGUGCAGCCACCGGAGCAUUCCCAUCCUUUUUUUCCAAAACACUGCUCCCCAUGCAGCAGAGCCAACAAGCAUCUCGCAGGCAGAGGCUCACUCCAACAGAUUAAAAGCCCAGGCCUCCAUGAUGGCUGCCGUUGCCUGUGCUGCUGUUCCCAAAAUAACCAUAGUAAUUGGUGGCUGUUACGGGAGCGAAAGUUACGUUAUGUGUGGGAGAUCAUUCGGUCCAAAUUUUCUGUUCUUGUGGCCUAAUGCAAGAGUUGCUCUUGUGGAUUCAAGGCAUUUGACUGCAGUCCCACAAACCGGGGACAGUGAUAGUACAGAUGAAUCAGAGCUAAAACGCCUGAAACAAAGGCUAGAGGAAGAAAGCAGUGCAUUUUAUUCUUCUGCCAGACUCUGGGAUGAUGGUAUAAUUCUACCUCAAAAUACUAGAAAGGUAAUUGCACAGUGCUUACAAAUUAUACAACAGCAGACGUACCAGGUCAUACCUCCGUAUCAGCAUCCUGUCAUCAGAAUGUAACUGCAGCCGUUUUUGAGUAAUCAUCCUUUAAAAUUAGCACCAUGUAUUAGAAGGCUUUAAUGUAAAUGAUUUUCUAAUUCUUUGAUACCGUUAAUAAAAAGGUUAAGCCACUGCAAA